AUGAACUCGACAUUAUCGGCUGAUGGCAGCGACGCAGAAACAAUCAGUUUUGAAGUCGUUGGUGUUGAUCUCCUUGUCUUCGUGAUUCUUGAUUACUCUCUAGGAACAAUAAUCAUGGUCACAAAUGGCUUCCUCUUCUUCACAAUUUACCACGAUCCCUGUCGAUGUUUGCGGACCCCGUCUAUGUUCCUCAUCGCCAGUCUUUCAGUCGCGGAUUUUUUCGUCGGAGUUGUGAGCUUUCUGAGAGGUGCUGAGUUAACUUACCUCUACCGUGGUUUGGGGGACCUGCUCAUUCUGAAUGUGGUUGAAUAUUUUAUCGGAGCUGUUUCGAUUCUCGCCGCUGUUUCCACUCUCAUGGCGAUGUCGUACGAACGUUACGUGGCAGUGAUCAAACCUUUCCAAUAUCCACAUAAAAUCACUAACAAAAAAGCCAAGAUUGCUAUCGCAGUAACUUGGAUAAACGGAUUAAUUAUGUCUGUUCUUCCCAUAGCUGAUGUGAAAAGGGAGAACUUUCUGCUAGCUUACUGCUACUCCCAUUUCGUGAUUCCAUCAUCUGUUCUAACAGCAGUUUAUGUGAAAAUAUACCGCGCGAUUUUCCGUCAGAGCGAGGAACUUAGAAAUGUCCGCGCAAGUCUCACAGCGGCCAACAGAAGGAAACAACUCGUGAGAGAGAACAGGAUGGUUAUCACGUUUGUGAUGAUCCUUUUGGUGUUUUUCCUGUCAUUUAUACCUUAUUUUAUUCACGUGCAGAUUUUGUAUUUUUGUCCCUGUCGAAACACGUAUUCGUACAAAGUAUAUUACUUGGUUGCGAACGAAUUUCUCUCCGUAAGCUCCAUGAUCAAUCCUUUCAUGUACGCCUGGAGACUUCCAAAGUUCAACCACUCGUUACGUUCAUGGUUCCGACACAGGCGACUGACUAGAAAUGUCGUGGUGGCGUGGAAUGGAGCGAAAUGUAACGAAAACCCGGUGAUUGGCUGA